CUAGGUUUAAAGGAAUGUCGCUGACUACAUGACGUCCUCUUUACCCGCUGUCAGAGAGGAGAUUGGAAUUUUAGGUCCCCCAUCCAUCGCUAAUCUACAAUGGCCGAGGAAGGCAUCGCUGCCGGAGGUGUGAUGGAUGUCAACACCGCUCUCCCCGAGGUGCUCAAGACCGCCCUCAUCCACGACGGCUUAGCCCGCGGUAUCCGUGAGGCAGCCAAGGCUUUGGACAAGCGCCAGGCCCACCUCUGUGUCCUUGCGGCCAACUGUGAUGAGCCCAUGUACGUCAAACUGGUGGAAGCCCUCUGUGCCGAGCAUCAGAUCAAUCUAAUCAAGGUUGAUGACAACAAGAAGCUCGGUGAAUGGGUCGGUCUGUGUAAGAUCGACCGCGAGGGGAAACCCCGGAAGGUGGUGGGCUGCAGCUGUGUCGUGAUCAAGGACUAUGGCAAGGAGUCUCAAGCCAAGGACGUGAUUGAGGAAUACUUCAAAGCCAAGAAAUGAGGUGUCAUUUUCAAUAAAGGCUUGUGGAAAUGAAA